GUUCAGCUCUGGACUGGCGCUGAAUCGUCUGAAAGUGCGACGAAAGACGGCCAAUAUGCUCGCAGUGCACAGUAUCAGAACGAAUCUGCGGAUUUGCGGAGCCGCAGACCCUUUCUUUCAGACCAGCAAUAUCUCGAAAGAAAACCCCUUCUAUCUCAGGAUCACCAGCAGAAGAGGCAUCACCGACGAGCUUCACCAGCGUGGAAUCGCCUGACGAACCACCGGUCAACAUGCUUCAUGCUGAGCUGCUUUGCCACCUAUUCACUGAGACUCUUCCGUCGGUUUGCGACAACAGCAGUCAUCAGAUGAUCUGGUCCUCUCCCGAGAUCCUUCAGUGCUGCUCCAAGGUCCCAUAUCUCGCAAAUGAGCUCUUGGCCCUCGCAGCCACGCACAUCAGUAUUAUCCGCCCUGCCCAGCGGGAGCAAUACCGGGAUCAUGCCACUCAGUUACAGAUCCAUGCCUUGCGAACAUUCUACAGCGCAGCCGACCCGGACAUCACGCCUCGCUUCCUCUUCUCCUCCAUUCUCAGCUUGCAUACGCUAUGCGCAACCCUGCUCUUCCGCGACACCAACUUCGAUGCCUUUCUCAAUUCAUUCGUUCAUUAUCUCCGCUUGCAUCGCGGUGUACGCACUGUCCUCGGAGGCAGUUGGCGCGCUUUGAGGGAGACGACAGCCCUGGGGCCGGUAUUGGGCGCCGCGGAGUCUCAGCUGCAGUCGGAGGGGAGUCUUGGCCCUGCGUGCAGUCGCCUGCUGACACUCGUCCAACAGGCCAAGUUGGGUCCCUCCGUCACCGCAAUUUAUCAAGAUGCGAUCGGAGGGCUACAGUUGGCGAUGACCUCGGCCGCCUCUCCCGGAGCGUGGGAGGACUGCACUCCGGCGGUUCUUGCGUGGCCGGCAAGUGUUCCCUUGGAGUACAUCGAUCUUCUUCAGCGCCGGAGCCCUGAUGCUCUUGCGGUGCUGGCACAUUACGGCAUUGUCCUCCAUGCACAUCGCCAUCGCUGGUUCUUGGGCGAUGGCGGACGGUAUCUGAUCGAAUCCAUUCGCGAGUCCCUUGGACCUGAGUGGGCGGAGUGGAUGGUUUUUCCCGAUCAGGCUUUGGAGUCUAUAGUUACGCUUGAUCCACUUGACGGGGCUGUAACUGGUCAAGAUGAAGGGUAUACUGGCUUGGGCGCUUGUGCUGGCUAGAUACAAUUCGAAGA